CAUCUCUCAGCUCAUGAAGUGCAACGGUGACAUGUGAACAUUCCUACAAGGAAAUAUGCUCAUUCUUGGCUGCAAGACCAAAGACCUCUUCUUCCUUUUAAUGUCAGUUCAUUUUCUGAAGGACUGGAUAGAUUCAUAGUAGAAAAUAUGUCUUAUGAGAGUGAAGUGUCAAAAUGGAACCUGAGACAUGUCAGAGGAAUAGCUGAACUCUUGCAGCCAGUGGCCUCACCCAGAGAUGCUAACAGGUUUCUGCCAGAGAAACCUGCCAGUGGCAUCGACCAAUGCUUGCACAUUCCUGGAAAAGCAGACUCUGCAUACAGUUCUUUCUCAGGGGGCUCAAAUCUUCCAGAAUAUCCUACCCCAUUAUGCUACAGUGAACAUGACUCUCUGCCCCUAGAGCAGCUGCCAUAUAUGGACUCCGGAUACGUAAGAAGUAUUUAUAAUCCCAGUGCAAUACAUUUUCAGCUUAGGCAGAUGUAUGAAAACAAGACCGAGCGAAAGAGCAGUCACUAUAAGUUGGAGGGCAUUGGUCGCAGUAGGCCAUUUGGAAGCACUCCUACUCCUGGGAUGUUAUACCAGCCACCAUCGCCACAGGUCAGGUUUACAGCUCACCCACCAUCUCCACCAGCUCGAGUAGAUAGCUAUGAAGUUAACAGAAAUAUAGAUCGAAGUCCUUCUGAAAUCUGCUUUGACCACAGCAUACAAACAGAAGUGUGCGUUCAAGACAGCAGCAAAGACCUCCCUUUUGACUCCACAGGAAACUGUUACAAUGCUUCUUGGCUCUCUAGCUGGGAGGAUGAAAGUCCAGUUUCAGAACAGGGUGACAUUUGGCAUCCUCCCAAUCAAUAUACCACAAAGAAAAAUAACUCUACCAUUUCCACGAAAACGUCUUUAAUUAUUCAAGAAAAUUUAAAAUCUGGUUCUUUGGCCAAGACCCAGAAGAUUUUGUGUGCUCAAAAUUCAGUCCAUGCUUAUAAAAUUCCUGAGGCACUGAACUCUAAGUCCUCUCCUUCAUUACGUACCAGCCACAAUGCUGUUAAUGAUACACAAGAGAACAAACAGUAUUUCUAUGCCUGCAGUGUACACAAACCUCCCUUCGCAGAAGCAGAUCUGCCAAGCACCGUGGCAGUAUCCAGCAAACGGGACGGACAGCUUUGUGGUGCUCUGCGUAUGUUCAGAGUUGACACUCCUUCAGGCUUGGAUCCGGAAUUCUGUGAGAGCGGUUCGAGCUUAAAAUACAUGGACAGUUCUCUUCCUGAUAAGACUGCGGUAAGGAUAAUUAAUAGCUAUGAAAACAAGAAACAUUCCUUCAGCUCUGAAGAAGAAAACAGUAUAGAUGUUUGGCAGCCACUUACAGAACAGCAAACUAGCAUGCAGAAACCACCAUCACAUGGUUUGAACCUUGCAGAAACUCCUCAUAAUGAAAUUUAUGAGGCUGCCAACACAAUAUCUUAUUACAGCUGUGAUGCAGAGGAGUCUACAUCCCAAUCCAUCAAUGGAUUUAGAAAAGCAGAGCAAAAUGAUAAUAAUAGCAUCCCUGACCUCCUUACGAACCCCAGGCAGGAGGAAGUGCUCAAGCCUGUCCAUUUUCCAAAACAACAAUCUUCUAAGAAGGCUGAAAGUCAGUCCCAGGACAACUCUGCCAGUGUAAAAAUAAACAGAAAGACAACUCCUCUGCUUUACUACCUUUCUGGUGGGAAACAUUCCAACUUUAUGAGUCAUAAAAAUCAGGCUCAGGAACAAGAUGUCUUCUCUAUGGAAUCCUCAAGGAGUAAUCACCCAGUCUCUGCAGAACCAGUAGAAAUACCAAGAGACAGUAACAGCCAUGUGAACGAGAUUGCUGGCAAAGAUGAAGAGUUCAUUCUGGAGAGCCCUGCCUCCUCAGUGGACGAGAAAUUCAAGAAUGAUUAUCGGGAAAAACUUAAAGUUGCUCAGAGAAAGGUCCUGAGGGAAACGUCUUUCAAGAGAAAGGAUUUACAGAUGAGCUUGCCCAUUCGGCUAAAGCAGAAGCCCUCUGCAAGGCCAUCCAUUCAGCAUCUUAGGUCUUUGUCAUUAUCUAGUACAACUGAGGACUCCACACUGGUUCCUCCACUCAAGCCGCUGGAAAUCAUCAGUAAAGAGGAGGAAUCAAAAAGGCCACAAGCUAUUCACAUUGGGGGAAGGAAAAGGGCCACCAAGGAACAGAAGAAAAUCUCCUAUUCUGAACCUGAGAAGCUCAACCAACUGGAUGAUCAGAGAGAUCAAAGUGCAUCGUGGAGACAGAAAAAUGCAAGGUCCCGGUCUGAUGAGAUUAAUGAACAAGAUACCAGGAUCGUCAGAGGUAAAGCGCUGGAAAAUCAAGGGAAGGCCCUUUCUAAGGCAGAACUGAAGCAAAUACAACACAACGCACUACUUGAGUACAUGGAACGGAAGAUUGGGCAACGACCUGCUACCGCAAAGAACAGUGCACAACAGAAGCCCCCUUUGCAACCUAGGGCUUCACAUUCAAAGAGGUUUUUAGAAGACGGCACUUCCAAUCCCAGCACCAGCAGAAAGCUACAGAAUAUGGAUGGCUUCUUUCAGUUUCCUGCUCCCGGGGGAAUUCCUGAACCACCCACUUUCUCCUCUGCUUCAACUUCUGCAACCGCCACUGAUAGAUGCAGUGCCCGUUCUCCAGUGUCCGAAAUAGCUAAUUCGAAAGUGCAGGCUGCUGUCAGCGAAGGCAGCUGUGCCAGCAAGUGUGCCUCAACUAAAAGUCUUCUUCACUCAGGUUCUUCUGCCUCCAGCAAAGGCCGAGGGAGAUCAAAAUCUGCUCCUUCUCCUGUGCAGGAUUUCUACAGAUCUACAACCUGCUCAGCAUUAUCAGCUCAGGACCAGGAAUACUAUCCAAUGUGCCCCAACUCCCCAUCACAGGAGAAAUUGGAAGUUAGUCCAUCCGAUGGAACAGAUGUUUAUGUAGCUGGAAGACAAGGAAAGUCUAUGGAAGAAACAGGAACAUCAGAAAUGGUCCAGCUCUCGCCACUGACCCAAAGUACAGAUCAGCUUCACCAUCUGAAGGGCUGGCUUGUUUUCCCUGGACUGGAGAACAGCAAGAACCACCCCAACGUGUCACAGAACUGUGAGUCUGCACUGAGACACCUGCCCAGACAGCCCCAUGCGACAGGAGUUGCAGGAGGACUCAGGGGAUUAAAUUUGACAGCCCAUGAACUCGAACAACCGCACACUGCAAACAGUCAGAGCAUGAGCACUUCCAUAGGUCUAGGCAAUCCAUAUCUGGGCCAUGGACCCCUGCAUCCUAUGGGCUGGUGGCCAUCCACAAGUGUACCUUUGGAGUCUCUUCAUUCUUCACUUGCCUCCUCUCCAGCUGAGGCAGACAAUGAUGCUUUUAGCAACUCUUAUUUCAGUGGCUCAGAACUGGCCCCAAACCUUCCCUCUUUCCAUGGACACAGUCAGAGGUCCAGUCCAGACCAGAAACCACCAGCUGCACCAGCUCUACCGGUUUCCACAGAAGGGAAGCCAAUCAAAGAAGAACAUAACAUCAGCUUCCCUGUCCCUGAGAAAGAAGGAUCUAAUCUUGGAGACAGUAGAGAUGAUCUGAAUUAUGCACAGAAUCCAUAUCGUGCAGAGAUGGCUCUUGAAUUGCCGGCUUUCUUCUCCAAAGAAAAGAGUGACAAACAUUCUCACUUGAAGAGAGACUUCAGUGAAAAAUCCCAAGUGUCCAGUGCAGCUGGGAGAACGCAGUGGCAGCACUUAGAGACGAAUGGCACUACGCACCACUCAGAGAACAGGACAUACUCUUACACAGCUCUGUUAGAGAACCAGGAACAUCAUAAUAUUAGCAUUCCAUUAGCAAAUUUGAAAGCUCUUCAAAGUGAAUAUAACCAUAGCUUUCCAGCACAAGACAUAGAUGUAUCUAUAGCACAGUCAAAAUCUCUGGAGGACCAGAGGUGUGAAGACCUUGCCAUUGAGAUUAUUGCCAAAGACAAGACUCUGGUUGACAUCCUCAUGCCCCAUCCUGUUCGGAAGACUGUGUUAGAUCUCAUGGAAGGACUUUUUCCUGUGAACAUUUCAGUGUCGGGCAGAUCCUGCAGAAGGAACCAAAGAAGCAGUCAACAUGCAACAGAUCUCUCUCAUGAAACCAGAAAUUCCUUGGGACAAAGAGUAGAAGAUGCCACGCUUCACAUCAGCCAAAUCCUGAGCAAAAGCAGAGAGAACCUUGAGGAUCCAGACAGCAUCACGUCCAAGAAAAGAGAACUCAUCUCCAGCAUCCAACAGAAACUACAGGCUCUGUGGGAUGAGAGGGAGCUGAUCCAGUCUGAAGCUAAGGAGCAUGCUGUCCGCAGCAAGGAGCUGGAGUCCAUGGUGCAAGACCUCUGCAAGCCCAAUGAAUAUGAGCGCUAUAUGAUGUUCAUUGGUGAUUUGGAGAAGGUGGUGAGCCUGCUGCUGUGCCUGUCCAGCCGCCUUGCUCGGGUCCAGAACGCUAUGGGGAAAAUGGAUGAAAACACAGAUGCGGAGGAGAAGCAGUCACUAAACGAGCGGCACAAACUCUUGUCCAGGCAGCGGGAGGAUGCAAAGGACUUGAAAGAGAACCUGGAUCGCAGGGAAAGGGUGGUGUCAGGCAUUCUUUCCAAAUACAUGAGCGAGAGUCAGCUGGAGGACUACAGGCACUUUAUACAGGAGAAGACAUCUUUACAGAUUGAGCAGAAGGACCUGGAGGAGCAGAUUAAGUUUCUUGAAGAGCAACUGGAGAGGUUGGAGAAGAGUAUUCCUCCUUAAAGCCACCUUCGUAUGCUGCUUGCUAGAAAUCCAUCAGCACUCACUGACAUGGAUUAAGAAGCGAACAAGGGCCGUGUCUGAGGACUUCCCAUAGUGCCCUAGUGUUGACAAGGGCUUAAUUGGCCUAGGCACACAUUCUUAGGGAGAAAUGACAAAACCUCAACUGUAGGUAGCAGACUCAAGCCCUUUCUACACCUAAGGAUUAUCCCAGGCAAAUGGAGGGAUCGUCCCUGCCUGCUCCUGGGACCCCUGCGUGUCAUUUGGAUGCACAGGGAUGAUCCUGGGAGAAAAGGCAGGUGUAGAAACGGCCUGUAUCUUGAAAUUACUGAUGCAAUGCGUGUUGCCUUUCACUGACGAAUUGAUGUGUUGUUUUUCUUCCCUGCUGACUGCCAGUCUGUUUCCAGAGUGAUAUCAUCCCAAUAAAAAAAACCACCACCCCAAAGUAUCAUAAAACUGUUUUCCUCUUAAUGGGUGGAAGGAGCAUUUAAAUGAGUGAUGAUGUGAGCAUUUGGGUAUGAAUUAGACACCAGAACACCAACUCUGUGGCACCUCACUGCAGGCCAUUUAGCAAACAGCUUUUCCAGUUUAACCAGAGAGUACUCCACUCAAAUAAAGAGCAGCUUGCAAUGUUAAUAACACUGAGUUUGUUUUUGUUUUGUUUUGUUUUUUUGAAACAGCCAUAAAAACCAGCCUGGAACUAUUCACAUUUUAGGACUGUUUCGUUGAAACAUUGGUGUGCAGAAUGUUCAUCAGAAAAAACUGUGGGUCUAGGAAGACCCCUGUCUGCCUGCCUUCCUGCCUUUCUCUUUUUCCUGCUCCCCAAAUCUUACUAUGUGUCUUUAAAAUGCUGUGCUAUUUCUCCACACUCUUUUCAGGGUUUGUUUUUAGAAAUGCAUCCAGCUCUUAUGGGCCUCUCAGUGAAAAAAGUAAAAGUACUCCGGGUACACGGAAUGGAAGAGAGGGGGCAAAAAAUGUAUUUUUGUGUGUGUAUGUCUUUCUUGUAUACUAUGAAUAUUUUUAUAUA